AUGGCAGGUGAAAAGAGCGAAAAUAACCAAAUCGAAAAAUUGAUGGAUGCUCCAGUGGAGUUUUUCAAAGACGGUAAGCAAUUUUUAAGUAAAUGUAAGAAACCAACUGGUAGUGAAUACUCAAAAAUUAUCAGAGCAGUCGGUUUCGGUUUCAUUGCUGUCGGUGUCAUUGGUUACGCUAUUAAAUUAAUCCACAUUCCUAUUAGAUAUGUAAUUGUCUAA